AUGCCUUACUAUGGCCCUAUGCAGCAGCCCGGCCUUUGGGGGCAGCCGAUCUCCAAUCUGACCGUCGUGGAUAAAGUACCUCCGGAGAUUCUGCAUCUGGUCGAUCCCCACUGGUACCAGUUUCCACCAAUGAACCCGUUGUGGCACUCGAUCAUCGGAUUUGUAAUCUUUGUGCUCGGUGUGAUCUCGAUCAUCGGCAACGGUAUGGUAAUCUACAUAUUCUCCACGGCUAAAUCGCUGCGCACUCCAUCGAAUCUGUUCGUUGUCAAUUUGGCCAUGUCGGACUUCCUGAUGAUGGGCACGAACGCAUUCACCAUGGUGUACAAUUGCUGGUUUGAGACGUGGUCCCUGGGAGUACUGAUGUGCGAUCUGUACGCUUUCACCGGUUCGCUCUUCGGAUGUUGCUCCAUUUGGACGAUGACGAUGAUCGCGCUAGACCGGUACAAUGUGAUCGUGAAGGGUCUGUCAGGAAAACCGCUUACCAACACUGGAGCAAUACUGCGUAUCCUGGUUUGCUGGCUGAUCGGUGUAUUUUGGGGUAUCCUUCCGAUGUUGGGCUGGAACCGGUACGUGCCCGAGGGAAACAUGACAGCCUGUGGUACCGAUUACCUAACCGAAGAUUGGUUCCAUAAGUCCUACAUUUUGGCAUACUCCUUCUUCGUUUAUUAUAUACCACUGUUCACCAUCAUCUAUGCGUAUGUUUACAUUAUUAAGGCGGUCUCGGCCCAUGAGAAAAACAUGAGAGAGCAGGCCAAGCGCAUGAAUGUACAAUCGCUUCGCUCAUCCGAUGAUGGUAAAAGUGCUGAAAUGAAACUGGCAAAAAUUGCCCUCGUAACCAUCUCCCUGUGGUUUAUGGCGUGGACUCCGUAUACCAUUAUCAACUAUACGGGCGUGUUUAAGACGGCCAGCAUCUCUCCGCUCGCCACCAUCUGGGGAUCCGUAUUCGCGAAGGCCAACGCAGUCUACAAUCCGAUCGUUUACGGCAUCAGCCAUCCAAAGUAUCGCGCUGCGCUGUACCGGCGGUUCCCGGCAUUGGCAUGCAACGAUGUCCCGGCCGGAGACGAGAAAUCGCUCGCCUCCGAGGCAUCGGGCAUCACUUCAGAUGCAAAUCCAUCAACCUGAAUUCUCGAUCUGUGGAACGACGGAACCUUGGUGGAAAGAACAAUUAAUGCUGCAUGCCAAACUAAA